GCUUAUAUAAGCGUUGUACACGCAUUCACCACCAACUUGAAGUUUCCUUGCUUUGCUUCUCAUCUCUGUUUCCAAACAAUGGCGACUCCACCUGCCCGUAAGGCCGUACUAGAUCUCUACGCCUCCACCUUGCGGACGGCGAAAUCAUUCAGUUCAUAUAAUUUUCGCACCUACUUCGUUCAGAGGACGGAGGACACGUUCCGUGGGAUGCAAAGAUGAGAAGUAUGGUUUCAAACCGGAAAAACGACGGUCGAGUCACGCGUGACCAAUCGUUACUGGUCGUGACCCGCCCAUCUCCUCCUGGGCCCAUGCCAUACGAGCCGUCAGCUCAAGGCACCUCCGAUCUGGAUCCACCGUUGCUCGCUCGCUCAGCCCUCUCUAGCCAACCCCUGGCAACCCCAAC